AGAAGGCGGGUUGCUUAUGUAAGCAAAUGGAUGAUAUUUCGAAAGUCUGCAACAAACUUGAAGCCAUUCAUCAAUGUUCUUCACGGCCGUCUGUCUUUCGAAAGCUUCGCGGCGUGCUUUGACUCCGAAGCGGGGGAAUAAAGAUUUCUACAAAGGAACUAGACAAGCCUUCCUCCCUGGUGGACACCGCACAGGUGCCCCAGGAAAACAUGUUAUCCGAGGCGCGUCGAAGUACCGUCUGCUAGACGAGAAAGUGAGGGUGUUUGUUGCACCAAGCAUAGAGGAGAUCAAGAAAAGCGAGCUGAAGCCAUACGUCGGGAAGGACGUCAAGCUCACAAUGGUACAGAAGAAGGAGCUGUGGAAUAUCAUGCCAAAGCCUCCCGCAUCGUUGCAGCCCGCUCUAUCAAGCUGAACGAACAACUUUUAAUUAUAUUGUCCGAUUCUAUGUACUAUAUCUUAGAACAUAAUAUCAUCCAUACCUCCCGUUGUAGCACUUGUUGUAGGGAAGCUCAGCAGGAUCAAACAAGGAGCGGGUGCCAGGGUCCCGGCAGCGUUCUUCAUGCCAUACCAUUGCUGAUUUAUGUUUAACUUUCACCCUCCAGGGCAUGCCCACGCCUGGACUGUGUUCUGACUCAACCUGGGGGCCUGGCCCACCGAUGUCAGGACAGUGGAUCCAAGUCGACCUCAUCAAACCUGACCUCCGGUGUCUGGACCCAAACCUGGGUAAAAUGGCAGUAUAUUAUCACUGCCAAUCAGUGGUCCUAACUUAGAAAGCGAGGAACUUUUUGGC